AUGCCUCAGAAGCGCAAGCGCCCCGAACCCGCUCCCCCGGAGGGUGGGCGACCCUCACCGCACCGCCCAGGUGACACGUCCCUCGCUCAGCAUGAUCGAGACGCUGGCAACCGGGGUCGCGGUCGCGCGGGAGGCCAUAGGAACAACAGCUUCCAUCGUCGAGACUCUUCGGCUAGUCAGAGCGGUAGAAACCAGACGCAGCCAAGCCCGUCGCCUUCGCGCAGAGAAGCGAACGCGCACGGCGGUGGCCCCCCGACGACGCCAGCUACGACACCAGCGCCUCCCAAAUCUUUCACGACGCCCACGAAGACCACAAUGCAGCCGCCCACACCGGCAUCCACGAAUCCUGCCCCUUCCGACCGCCGAUACGAACACCUCACAGACGAAAAGCUCAAGAGCUGGACCGAUGGCUCACGAAAUCGGAUUGUCAGCCACGGCUGCCAGUCUCGUGAUGACCAGGACACAGCAGAGCUCUCAUUGCUUUUCCAGGAAUUCAUAUACUCGGUGAUGGAGGGGCGCAUGCCGCCAACAGAGGCUGGGCGCUGUGUCAGGGAGAUGCUGGGUGAGGCCAACUCGUCUAAAGAACCCGUGUUCUCACCACAUAAUCUUCUUCUCGACCUGCUGCAGCUCAUUCUCGACGUCGGCGCGGGCGGCUUCGUACCCACCCUAGGCGUCUUUCUCGAGGAGACGGGCAUCUCGGUCGACUUGGCGCGGCGCGUGCUGGAUGCAAACGUCCUCUCGCAACUUGGUCUUGUACGGAAUCAAUUCGAUAGGACGGGCGUCAAGCAUGCGACCAACUAUCUCUACCGCCAGGCCAACUACAACCUGCUUCGCGAGGAGUCGGAAGGAUACGCCAAGCUCAUUACAGAGUUGCACAUGACGAGCGACAACUUCAGCACGGACGUUCCCAAGGAGACAUUUGAGCGAAUCAAGGCCCUCGUGGGUACCUUUGACAUUGACGUGGGCCGCACACUUGAUGUGACCUUGGACGUGUUUGCCGUUAUGCUCGUCAAGCAGUUCAAGUUCUUCGUCAGGCUCCUGCGCGACAGCUCCUGGUGGCCCAAGGGUGGUCUCGUCCAAGGGAACGACUCUUUCGUCGGCGGCCUGCCUACGUGGGCCACACCAGGCUACCCAGCGUGGUUAACAACAGAUGAGGACGAGGCAGGGAACAGCGCCAAGCGCCUGCUUCGGGAUGUCAGCUUCUGGACCAGAGCGCGCGAGGUGCGAACCGAGGCCUUUUUCGAAAUCGGUGGCCGACGCAUCUCUCAUCCACACAGCGAUGCCUGGCAAAGCAAGGAUGGCGAUGAUGCCGUCGUCGCGGCGCGGAAAGCAUGGGUCGAAAUCACAAAGACAAUACCGCCCCAUGGCAAUUAUGUCGCCGCCAACCUUCUUGGUUUCAAGCUGCUCUUCUACUACUCGCCGAACCGCGACCCUACCGACGUACUGCCUGCCAAUCUGCUCUACCUUGCCGCGCUCCUCAUCAAAAUUGGAUUCAUUUCGUUCCCCGAUCUCUACCCGCACCUGUCACCACCCGACGAAGGCAUGGAGAAGGUCCGAGAGGCCAAGAUGAAGGAGGUGGAGGAGGCCGAACGCAAGGCACGCGGUGGCUCUAUGAAUGCUUUGCUGAUGGCUGGCGCGCUGACCAACGAUGAGGACGAGAAUCCACACGCGGGCCCUCGCCGACUGCCAGCAGGCAAAAAUGAGCCUGACAAGGCGCAGACGACGAAGAAGGAGCCUGAGGAGGCCAAAAAGGACGAACCCCAUGAGCAAAAGGUGUCUCUUCUUAUCCAACUCCUUACCAUCGGCGCACUGCCAGAAGCCACUUUUAUCCUUGGUCGUUUCCCCUGGAUACCCGAGGCAUAUUCAGACGUGCUCGAUGGCAUCCAUCGUAUUCUGCAUGUCUGUGUGAGCAAGGUCUUUGACGAGUCCAAGCCCAAACUCUCGACAUCGACCACAUGUCCCGUCAAGAAUAUGCCAGACUACGACCAAACAGGCGUGCCCAAGGGGAGCGUCAAGGUCAGCCCAAUGACCAUCAAGAAGACCCUCAAGUGGCCAACGCCGGACAAGAACGACCAUGGCGACAACCAGGACUACCACUACUACUGGGAUGAAUGGACCGACAACAUACCCGUCUGCCAGACCGUCGACGACAUCUUCACGCUCUGCGAGUCCUUCCUCAACUUCUCCGGCGUCAACAUUGGCAAGGACGCUGCCCUUCUCAGCAAGCUGGCCACAAUCGGCGCCAAGAGUUUGCAUGUUGAUCCCUCCGAGUCGAACAAGACUCGUUGGAGGGAACUCUCGAAACGCCUCCUCCUGCCAGCGCUCAGCCAUACCCACGCAAAUGCCUCGGUGGUGGAUGCUAUCUGGACCCUCUUGAAGCGUUUCGACACCACCACCCGCUACGCCCUGUACGCCGAGUGGUUUGAAGGCCAGACCUCCCGCCUGCCCAGCAUGAAGACGGCCUUUGAGCGUGCCAGGGCGGAAACGCGAGCGACCAUGAAGCGUGUCUCGCUAACCAACCUAAGCGAGAUGGCCAAGCGCCUGGCCAAAACCUCCUACUCCUCGCCCGGCGUCGUCUUCACCGUCGCCUUUGGCCAGUUGGAGUCGUACCCGAAUCUGAUCGAGGCGUUUGUUGAGUGCGCCAAGUACUUCACGGACCUGUCGUACGACGUAUUGAUCUGGUCUCUGUUGAGCUCCCUGGGCAAGCCCCGAAGCCGCACACAGGCCGAGCACGCCCUGACUACCAGCAAGUGGCUCUCGGCCUUGUCGCGCUUUGUUGGCAAAGUAUAUCGCCGCUAUUCGAACCUCACACCCGUGCCGGUGCUCAGCUAUGUCGAUGAGCAGCUGUCGCUUGGCAACUCGACCGACCUGGUCAUCCUGAAGGAGCUCCUCUCCUCCAUGGGCGGCAUUGUCGACGCAUCCGACUUCUCGUACGACCAGAUCCUCGGCAUGGCGGGCGGCGAGUACCUCCGCAAGCAGACCCUCGUCAAGUCGGGCGACCUGCGCUACGACAACGCCCGGAGCUCCAAACGUCUGAUCCAGGCCUUGACGGAAACCGAGCUAGCAUCCCAGAUCCUCACGAACCUCGCCCAGUUCAGACAAGCGCGUCCGUACCAGAUUGAUGAGGACGAAGCACACAUCAAGUAUCUGUCGACGAUUGUUGAUGACUCGCACAAGAUUCUGUACCAGUAUGUCGAUUUUCUCUGGGCCAACGUUGAUCCAGCCACCUUUGAUAAACUUGUCCCUUCGAUACUGGACCUCAUGAAGACGUUUGGACUGGACGCCAGUCUGGCGUUCCACAUUGGAAGGAGCAGCCUUUCGCACCGAAUGUUUCCUUGGAAGCCAAAGGAGACACAGGGGAAGGAGGAUGCCGCGAAAGACCAGGAUGGGGAUGCGAAGAUGGUCGAGGCGGGAUCUGCGAAAGAGACGGGCCAGGAGACGACGGCGACAGAGGUUCAGAAGGCCGACGAGCCGUCCCUCGAUGGCGCUGUUCUCACCCCCAUCGCCGAGUCCAUCAGGGACAUUCUGCCUGCUGACGUCUGGGAAAAGAUGACGCCCGACCUCUUCGUCACCUUCUGGGCACUCCAGUUGGGUGAUCUGUACUGCCCAGAUCACAUCUACCGCCAAGAGGCCAAGCAUGUGGAGCAAACCGAGAAGGCUCUGGCCCAAGAUCGAACGGACAUGACGAAUCGCCGUGUGAUGGACCGCAGGCUCGCCAAGAGAAAGGAACUUAUGAAUUUCCAGAUCGGCUUGCACGAGGAACGUCAGGAGCACGCGUUGCGUCAGGGUCGGUGGAAGUUCUACCUCUCCAAGCACUUCCAGUCGGCGUUCCCUGACCCCAAGCCAAGCCCAGAGGCCAUUGCGGACGAGCUGCUGGAGAGCUGCUUCUUGCCCCGUGUGGUUGUCUCGCCAGCCGAUGCUGAGUACACCUAUCGCUUCAUCAGGAUGAUACACGAGUGCAACGCGCCCGGCUUCAAGCUCAUGACGCUCUACGACCGGCUCUUUAACGCAAAUCGUCUCCGCGCCCUGAUCUUUGCCACAUCUGUGCGGGAAGCCGAGAAUGUCGGGCGCUUCCUCUCACUCAUCCUGGAGAACCUAGCGCUGUGGCACAAGAAUGCCCCCUUGCCGACCGAGAAGGCCGGCAAGGAUCACCCAAAGCUUGGCGUCUACGAGCGGGAAGCCAAGGGCCCGGCUGAGCAGCCUAAGCUUGGCUUCGCACUGACAGUUGACGAGAGUGGCAAGCCCAGCACGUUUGUCGAGCACGCACAAUUCCAGGACAUGCUUUUCAAGUGGCACAGGAAUCUCAACACGGCUCUCAAGAGCUGUCUGGGCGGCAUGGAGUGGAUGCACAUCCGCAACGCACUGACUGUGCUCAACCGCGUCAUUGACUUCUUCCCUGCAAUCGACUUCCAGGCCAAGCAGUUUAUGAGGCAGCUCGAGACCAUCCACGAGAGAGAGGGUGCCUCGUCCAAGUCGUCCGGCGACGAGGAGGCGGCUCACCGUGUGGACUUGUCUGUGGCGGCCCAGGGGACAUUGUCUGAACUGAUGCGGCGAAAACCCAAGUGGAUGAUGGUUCAAGCCUUCCGCCCUAAUUCGGUGGGAGGCGGCCAGAAGUCCGAAGACAAGGGUGGCUUAAACGCGGCAGCGGCCGAGUUCAAGCCAACAAGCGCCGACACCAGAAGGGCUGGCGGUGGCAACGACGCGGAAGAUGGCGAGGUGGCUGAUGCCGCGAAGACAAGAGGCGCAGACGGGUCAAGUCAACCAGCCAAGUCCAAUACCGACUCCCUCCCGUCAAAGCCCUCGCCUGCCCAUGGACGAGAUACACCAAAGAGAGACAUGGCCUCAUCCAAUACCUCACGCUCCUCGACGUCCAGGAACGAUAACAACAGACCUGGAAACCUGCCGAAUCGCCCCAUUCACCACCUGCCCACUCGUCCGGAUGUCCCGAUACCUGCUCACCCUAACAGUAGUGAUCGUUUCGCUCACACACCUGCUCGUCCAGGCGACCGACGUGACCCCAGGGAGACCAGAGAACCUCGGGAGACUCGAAGUGGCCGUGAAGGGCAGGACGCGCGCAGCUCCCCACGAGAAGGACUCCCUGCUCGGGACCCUCGCUCCGAUUCGCGAGGGACUCGUGACGUACGCGAUACUCGCGAACAUCGACACGAUCCGCGUGACAACUGGCGUCAGGAGAAGGACUGGGCGGAGCACAACAUGAGCCAACCGCCGGACCGACGUGGCCUCGACCCCCGCGAAUCGCAUCAUGGGCCACGACCCGUUCCCGGCCAGGAGCGCGAACGGCCUCUGCGUGAAGGCCGUGGCGGCGGCAGGGUGAGUGAGCUCCCUCCUGAGCGACCACCGUCCGCUCAUCAACUGCCAACGCCUCAAAAUCCCGACUUGCCCAUCAACCCCGAGCGUGCGGCGCUGCUGCGUCACGAUGCGCCCGGCUCUGGCCCCGGACCUCGUGGUGUCGGUGACUCGGAAAAGCCGAGUCGUGGACGCCGUCUUGGGCCGGCUGAGACACCGGAACACAUCAACCCCGACCGGGCAGCCCUGCUAGGCGGCCCAGCUGCUGAUGCCAGUGGUACACCGUCCAGGCCCGGCCGAGAGGACACAUCCCCUCCGGCCCUAGGAGUCGCGGACGUGGUGCUAGGGGCGGACACCUUGGUCCUCAGGGUCACGGACACGCACACCCUCUGCCUUCUCCCAGCGCGCCUGGAUCUGACCAGCGCUAUGGGGGCCAUUCCUCGUCUGGGCCCCUACCGCCGCGGCCGCACCCGCAGCAGGACAGCACGCAACAAGCGCCAGAACGUCAGCCGCCUACCGGGCCUGCAUCCGGACCUUGGCAACUCUGGACGAGGAGCGCCGGCGUCACCGUCAGCUGGACCUGGCCCCGCACAGCAAGGCCCGACUGCCGAUGCACCAGAUCGCCCCAGGAGUGACCCUCGUGCCAAUGCGCACGCUGCGGCUGCCGCGGCCGCGGCCGACAACUCUUCGAGGGAUCGACCACCGAACAACAACAAUGCCCGACAAGGCACGAGGCAGCUCGCUGGCAUCAACAACGUACUGCAGGCCAACAGCCCCAGCGUCGGCGGUGGCGUUGGGGGCGGCAACGCAGGCAGCGGCCCUCGUCGAGGCCAGCCACGCACCAUGCUGGCCAACUCGGAUGUGCAGGUCCUCACAGGAGGCUCGCCCGUCACGACCCCCGGUCACGAGCGUGCCGACCCGAUGAUGGGAAGCAAACCCUCCAACGGCGGCUUCGAGGAGAGCAGCAACAGCGGCAGCCACGACAGCCGCGGCCGUCGCGACAACCGGGACAGGGACAGGUCCGAUAGAUCCUACCGUUCCCGCCGCAGCAGCCGGGACCGCGAGCGAGAGCGCAGCCCUGCCCGUGACAAGGAGCACAAGGACCACCGCGAAUACCGCGAGAGGGAAGGCAGACGAUCUGGUGCCGGUGGCGGCAGCGAGUCCCGCGACUCGUCGUCUCGUCGACAAAACGGAGCCAGUGGCGGCGGCGGCAGCCUCCUCAAGGACGGCAUGCUCCCGCCACCAUCGUCCUCUGGCUCAGGGCGCUACCGCAACGAUGACGGCAGCCGCAGCAGCCGAGGCGGUGACGAUCGUCGCCGACGGAGGACAGACGAUGGCUCGGGGUUGCCAGCGCCACCAUCACAAUUACCACCACCACCCCAAGGCCCUCCCGGUGACCAUAGUCGCGACAAACGACAACGGCGUUAG